UGUUGAUAUUAGUGGAUAUAUCAGAACAGACAUCGUGCUCAUUACACUUGUGUGUCUUUUUGUCUUUUUUUUGUGUCUUUUCAUUUCCAUUUGUUAUUUCAGUGGAGUUUCACGUAACUCAUACAAUACAUCUUACUUCUCAAUCUUGUAUGACUCGGCCAGUGAAGGUAUUUCAAAGUGACUAAGAGUGACUGAUUCUGAAAUACAAUGGACAAAUCCGAAAAAAAUAUUAGCUGUGAUAACGAAGUUGACGAACAACCGAUAAAUAAAAAACGACCAUAUAAACUAGAUAUCGUUUGGCUCAACGUUAUAUUGUGUUCAAUUGUUCAUUUAAGUGCCCUGUAUGGCGUUUAUUUAGCAAUAACUUCCGCAAAAUUGAUUACAACUGUUUUUGCAAUUUGUUUGUACCAAAUAACUGCGAUUGGCGUCACUGCUGGAUCACAUAGACUUUAUUCACAUCGAGCAUUCAAAGCCAAAUGGCCUUUACGGUUAAUAAUUAUCGUACUUAAUACAAUAGCGUUUCAGAAUUCUGUAUACGAAUGGGCACGCGAUCACAGACUACACCACAAGUAUAGCGACACUGAUGCAGAUCCGCACAACUCAAAGAGAGGAUUCUUUUUCUCACACGUCGGCUGGUUGAUGUGUCGAAAACAUCCGGACAUCUUCGAAAAAGGUCGCGGUAUUGACACGAGCGAUUUGCUGGCCGAUCCCAUUGUCGCCUUUCAAAAGAAAUUCAUCAACCCGACGGAGAACAAGUUUGUGUCUGUUAUGUCGGUUGGAGAGGGUUGGCACAAUUACCAUCACACGUUCCCUUGGGAUUACAAGGCGGCCGAACUUGGUAACUACAAGUUUAACUUUACCACCGCGUUCAUCGACUUUUUCGCCAAAAUUGGAUGGGCGUAUGACUUGAAGACUGCGUCACCAGAGUUUGUGCGUAAACGCGCUGAACGCACGGGCCCCAAUGGUCAUUCAGGCAAACCGAUCGCUCCGUGGGGCUGGAGCGACCAAGAUUUACCGCAGUCGGACCGAAAAGGUGCAACAAUUAUUAACUGCAGUAAACGAACCCGAGGCGGAUCUGAAAUUUGUUUACGGUGGGGGAGAGGAUGAAUAAGAAUUUUAUUACUAUUAUUAUACUCAUAAGUGCAACUAGGGUUUUAUUUUUGAGGAGGCUAAUUUUUUUUUUACUAUCACUUUGCUAAAUUUGUAUCUAUACCAAUUAUGCGGAGGAUAGAUAAUUUGAGGGGCUUAAGUUCCCCUUGCCCCUCCCCCAAAUUGCACCUAUGAUUAUAUUAUAUAUUAUACAUUAAUAUUAAUAGUUUUGUUAUAUGUAUAACAACAAAAAAGAAGAAACAAUGAAAUUUCAAAAUAAUUUCAAGAAAUAUGUUACCUAUACAAAGAUAUACAUGGUAUUCGAUGGUGAAUAUUUAUUAACUAUCUACAUGAUUGUACAUCUAAAUUAAAUUAUUAAAUAAAUCUAUGAUAGAAAAAAUUCUCAAGGGUAGGGAGGACGAUCGCAUAGUGAUUUAAAGUCGAAAAAACUGACCAAAAGUUAAAUACAUUUUUUAUUUUUUAUAUUAAUAUUUAUUAUUAUUUAUUUAUAUUAAUUUUGUAGCUUGUAAUUACUACGAUAACGUAACUAUUCAAAUCUCAAAUUGUUAUAAAAGUCUAGAAAAUAAAUAGGCAUUAAAAUUAAAUGAUAUUAAGAUUCUUAGUUACGUUAGCGUAUGAAGGUACCUACUAUCUAAUUAU